UAUGUAUAAGAACAAUUGCUAGAAAGAACACGUUAAUAACAUGAUCCAACAAGAAUUAAUGUUUGAAUUUAGUUUACUUUUAAUUAUAGAAAAAUAACAAAAUGAAAAAUCAUUGAUCGAUAUUUAUGUAUUAAUUAUAUAUUUAAUAAUAUAUAUCGAAAAACACUUUUAAAUUGUUUAUCAGUCAAAAGACUGAUAGAUAUAGGAAAAUGCCAGAUAUUAAAGUUACACCUUUAGGAGCUGGUCAAGAUGUUGGAAGAAGUUGCAUUCUUGUAUCAAUGGGUGGAAAGAAUAUUAUGUUAGAUUGUGGCAUGCAUAUGGGCUUUAAUGAUGAAAGGAGAUUUCCAGAUUUUUCAUACAUAAUCCCUGAAGGUCCAGCAACUAAUUACAUAGAUUGUGUGAUUAUUUCACACUUUCAUUUAGAUCAUUGUGGUGCUCUUCCAUAUUUUACAGAAAUGGUAGGUUAUACUGGACCAAUUUAUAUGACACAUCCAACAAAAGCAAUUGCACCAAUUUUACUUGAAGAUAUGAGAAAAGUUGCAGUAGAACGUAAAGGAGAAAGCAAUUUUUUUACAUCACAAAUGAUAAAAGACUGUAUGAAAAAAGUUAUUGCUGUUACAUUGCAUCAAUCUGUAAUGGUUGAUUCAGAAUUAGAAAUAAAAGCAUAUUAUGCAGGACAUGUACUUGGUGCUGCAAUGUUCUGGAUUCGUGUUGGUUCACAAUCAAUUGUAUAUACAGGAGAUUAUAAUAUGACACCUGAUAGACAUUUAGGUGCUGCAUGGAUAGAUAAAUGUAGACCAGAUUUACUAAUAUCAGAAUCAACAUAUGCAACAACCAUUAGAGAUUCUAAGAGAUGUAGAGAAAGAGAUUUCUUAAAAAAAGUUCAUGAAUGUAUAGAUAGAGGUGGCAAAGUAUUAAUCCCUGUAUUUGCUCUUGGACGUGCACAAGAAUUAUGUAUAUUAUUGGAAACAUAUUGGGAACGAAUGAAUUUAAAAGUUCCCGUGUAUUUUGCUUUAGGAUUAACUGAAAAAGCUAAUAAUUAUUAUAAAAUGUUUAUUACUUGGACAAAUCAAAAAAUCAAGAAAACUUUUGUACAAAGAAAUAUGUUUGAUUUUAAACACAUAAAGCCAUUUGAUAAAGCAUAUAUUGAUAAUCCUGGAGCUAUGGUAGUAUUUGCUACUCCAGGUAUGUUGCAUGCAGGAUUAUCUUUACAAAUUUUUAAAAAAUGGGCUCCAAAUGAAGCAAAUAUGGUUAUUAUGCCUGGAUUUUGUGUCCAAGGCACUGUUGGACAUAAAGUUUUAAAUGGUUCUAGAAGAAUCGAAUUUGAAAAUCGACAGAUUGUAGAAGUUAAAAUGGCAGUAGAAUAUAUGUCUUUUUCUGCUCAUGCAGAUGCAAAAGGUAUUAUGCAAUUAAUACAAUAUUGUGAACCAAAAAAUGUUAUGCUUGUACAUGGUGAAUUUGCUAAAAUGGAAUUUUUAAAAGAAAAAAUAAAACAAGAAUUUGGAACUAACUGUUAUAAUCCUGCAAAUGGUGAAACUUGUGUUAUCACAACUAUUUCCAAAGUGCCAGUAGAUGCCUCUUUAGCAUUAUUAAAAGCUGAAGCAAAAAAAUAUUCAGCUUUGCCACCAGAUCCUAAGCGAAGAAGAUUACUCCAUAGUGUUUUAAUGUUACGAGAAGAUGGAGUAUGUCUUGUAGAUGCAGAUGAAGUAACAAAAGCUGCAGGAAUAACAAAACAUGUAGUAAGAUUUACAUCCACUGUACAAGUAAGAGAUCCUGGUCCUGCACAUUCAACAACUUUGAAAUUAUUGCAACCAUUGAAAGAAAGAUUAUCAGGUUGGACAGUUCAGUUAACAGAUGGAUCAAUAUCUGUUGAAUCCGUUUUAGUAAAAGUAGAAGGUGAUGAAGAUGAUCAAAAAAGUGUAUAUGUAUCAUGGACAAAUCAAGAUGAAGAUUUGGGUAGUUAUAUUUUAGGAUUUUUACAAACAAUGUUGAAUUAAAAAAUGACAUAAACUGUAUUAAAAAUAAAAAUAAUAUUCACUUAAUUGAUAAAUGAUACAUAGAAUUUUAUAUAAUGUGUGAUAUUGCUACGAUGAAUAGACAUUAUAUAUAGAUUAUAAAUUUAUUGUAAUAAAAAUCUUUUUAUUAUAAA